AGUUAAACAGGGUGGAGGGUCAGAGAUGGCGCUCGCGCUCGCCCCUAGCUUACCCGAAACCGCCUUGUGUGUCAUAAUUUUUAGUCAUUCAUCUAAUCAGUUGACAUUCCGCACUCGAAUCAUCAAAAAAAAGAACCUACUAUACCACCGGUGAUACGGCUAUUUAUUUACGAAAACGAACGACACUCAAACUCGCGACGAGGUAGAAGGAGGAGUGGACAGAUUAGGAUGGAAAGGUGUCGCUAGUAUGCUGGAUAAGCGGCGGCUCCAUGCCUCCGGGUCGCCGCCAUGCACCCUCCUGCUCGUGGUCGCUCUCAUAAUAACAGGCUGCUUUUCAAUCUGGCUGCUGAACACUUCGCCGGCGAUAACUCUUCCGAUUCCGGAGGAAGUAUCGGCGCCGAGUUACAUACUGCUGUCGCCGGAAAAUACGUCCGGAGCGGCGUCGGGUCAACCCUUCGGUCCGGGGCAGCAGCUGCUGAUUCAACAAAUAGGUGGAGCAUCGGCUUACAGCCUCAAAGAAUUACCGUCCAAUGACGAAACGACACUGAUCGACAUGAAGAAUUUUCGUUUCACGAUAAACCACGAUCCGUGCAACAAGAGUCAACCGCUUCUGCUGAUGCUGGUGCACUCGGCGCCGGGUAAUUUUCCAAAACGCAACGUAGUUAGAGAAACCUGGGGACGCUCCGCUCCCGAAAUAGUAAUUUUAUUUAUGAUCGGAUUGUCCGAUCGGUAUCAGAGUGAAAUCCUCCAAGAGGAUAGAAAGUAUAUGGACAUUAUUCAAGGCAAUUUCCUGGACGCCUACAGGAAUAUGACCUACAAACACGUGAUGGCGUUGAAGUGGGCCACAUAUCACUGUUCGAGUGCCAAGUAUAUAUUAAAGCUAGACGACGAUGUAUUCGUAAACAUUCCAGCUAUGGUAGAUUUUCUUAAGCGCGACCUGUCGCCGUGGGGAGCGAGACGUUUGAUACUGUGCGAUCUAAUACAAACCGCGGACGUCAAGAGGUCCUGGCGAUCCAAGUGGAGAGUCUCGCCCCUCGAAUAUUCGGGGAGAAAGUAUCCAACGUACUGCGCCGGAUGGGCGAUACUUUAUUCUCCGGACAGUGUUUUUCUCCUGUACCGUCAGGCUCAGAAGGAGCCAUACUUUUGGAUCGACGACGUUCACGUUACCGGAACAAUCGCGCGGCGAGUCAACUUGACCCACUCUUCGCUUCAUUCCUGGAUACUUACCGGCGACAGCAUGCGCCUCAUGUUACUUGAUCCAAGUAAGCGAAGAGAAUUUCUACUCGGCCCACCGGAUCUCACCGAACGUAACAUCAAAGCUUUGCAAAACUUUGUUCUUUCUGGUGCCACUUAAGUUUUUAAAUAACGCCAUUUGAAACAGGCCUACGCCCGAUUUACUACUCAGGCAUUACUACCUCGACAAUUUUCGAUUCAUCUACCAUUUAUUUUCUCUUUAUUAUUAUUAUCUUUUUUUUCCUUUCACUCUUUGAGUAUUAUCGCGAAUCGUCAAUAACGAUUAAACAUCCGGAGGCAUACGCCUUUUCUUUCGGUACUAAAUCUAAUCUCACGAUCGUGUAUGUCUACGAAUGUUUAAAUUGCCCUGCACAAAUCAGUCAUAACAGAAUAAUGCGCCCCUGAGAUAAUAUUAUCUACUCUAUGUAAAAAUUAUACUGCUCCGUACGGUCGAGCGGGAGGACGGCAGGCUGGCUAUUUAUCGAACAACGAUUCAGCCAAUAAUAUUAAAUUCACUAUAGAGAUUGGCACACACGAAGGCACAAAAAUAUAAACUCCGGUACGUGGCGCUCAUUUGAGAAACAAACUUUACUUUUGUUAUCUUCGCAUCACACUCGUUCUAUUGCUCCACUGCUCUUGUUGUCGGUCGCGACCUCUUUUUCUCGCGUUUACGCUCAUCAGCGCACUAGCGCGCUGCUCGAACCAUUUUUUUAGCAUUAUACAUUCCAAUCGAAGAAUCAAUAGUUCGAACCAACGGAACGCCGGAAGCGAAGGGAUCGUGGUGAUUUAUAUAAAUGUGGGAAAUUUCAUUUGUUCAAAAAUUCAAUGCCGUUUGCGUGUCCGAACGAACGUUACGGCUUUUAUUAAUUUUUUUUCGCAUUCGCGCUAGGCGAAACUUGGCUCGCGUCGUCGUUAUAAAGCGACGAAUUAAAUUGGCAAAAAGUAAAGAAAUUGGAAUAUCGCCGAAUGAGAAAAUGGUAAAAGAGCGUCUCGACGCGCGUUUCAACGGAGGUAAUUCGUCGGAUAACCUCAAAGUCACCGUUUCACUGAGAAGCAUUGACUUUGUUUGCUUAAAAUGAUAAAGGAAUUGUGUGCCGGUCACAUUCACCGAGUUCAUUGAGAGCGAACGGAUUUAUCUUCAUCGACGUUAUGAAAUAUGAGAAUAGAAGAAACGCGGUAGCAAUAUAUUCGAGCGAGAUUCAAAUAGAAAACGCACAAUUUACUUUUUCGGUGCAUAACUGCCAACCAUUGUUUCUUUGAUGCUCAACUAAUAAUAUUUUGAGACUCGAGAUUCGCUUUGUUGUUUCUCAGAAUAAUGAUCAAACGAUGAAACAGAAAUGCCUGUUCAUUAUCGGUAUCUUUGUUGUUUCAAGCUUCGAACCCCACGUUUUUCUUUCGAGUGGACUCGCCGGCGGGCUAAAUAAUUAGCCCAAUUUCUCUUCAGCAGAAAAUGCUCUUCGUAUUUGGUAAUGAGGUUUAAUCGUAUGUCAUUAUCGUCGUGGAUUCUUACCGAAGAGACUCAUGUACGAUAAUCCGACAGAUAAUUGAUAUUUUCGUGAGGUUACUAAUUACCUGCUGGCGAGUUCUUCGAACAACGAGCUUCGAACUCGUUGAAAAGUGCUAGAGUUAUAAUUACGUAUAUUUGUAACGAAAAUUCAAUAUUUGUGCCAUUAUUGCGUGUAACAAAGAAACGUUGCUUUCAAUCCAAAUGUCAGGUGGAAAGUGUGUAAAAUGAUUCAAAUCUAUUUUUCAUAGGUUAUGAAAUAGGUUUAUUUUCAUAAGCUUGCUAUGAACGGUUUCAACAAUGCUCUGGAACCGUUCAGCCAUUUUCUUUUAUCCGUUUCUGUAUUAUUUUAUUUUUUUUUUUUUAUUUCAACAUUCCAAGCAUAAUAUUGAGUCUUUCGACAGAUAGUACGAGAGCCCACGACCAAAAUUUCGGUCUUGUAGCAAUACGACCAAAACCGCAUCAAAUCGAUAGCCACGAUUGUCCUGAACUCAAAAAUACCCAUAUCAGAAAUUUUCCGCGUAGCGUUUGAUCUGACCGAAUUUUCAAAAAUGUCAAAAAAUUUAGCCGACAUUUUUUAUAGCAAUAUGUCUGAUUAUUGGAAGGUAGUUGAAUGAUAGCUCUAAGAUACCGAAAACAUAUUUUUCAGAAGUUGAUAGUGUCGCCCGAACCCGGAGGAUCACUUAAAAAAAUUAGAAAUGAGACUAAAAAAAAAACCCAUAGCAAUACGUCUGAAAAUCUUGUUUAUAAGAAAAUAUGCGUUAGUUGACGAUAACAAAAUAUUUUUCAGAAGAAAAUGUUGUCACAUUACAUUUCGAGAACGUUUUAAAAAUGUCAAAAAAAUGUACCGACUUGUUUUAUAGCAAUAUUUCUGAAAACUGUUUGACAUGAUAAAAUAAGUUGUGCAGAUGUAGAAAAAAUGAAUUUCAGAAAAAUAUAGUGUCGCACCUUCUCUAUCAGAAAAGUUUUCGAUACUCCGUUUUAUCGUAUUUACCCCGAAUCCGUAGAACCGAACUGAAGAGAGUUAAAUAAUUAGUUCAAAAGGGAACUUGGAUGGAAUUGCCAAAAAAAAGCCGUUCCCGCCAUAGGAGCGUAUCAAGCGCCGAGGCCAGGUUACUCCGAAACGUUUUUUUCGUUUUUUAGGGUAUAGGCGACAUCGAAAAUUUCUGAAAACAUUUUUUCUUCCGACAGCCAUACGAAAAGUUUAAAAAAAAAAUGAUCCGGGUUGCUAUAAAACAUGUCGGCUAAUUUUUUUGGCAUUUUCAAAAAUGCGCUCAGGCUAUACGCUACGCGAAAAAUUUCUGAAAACGAACUUUUUUGUCAUGAAAUGACAAUACCUAUGUAUGUUAUGUAAAUCAGACGUAUUGCUAUAACGCCGACUGCCUAUUUUUUUUUGACACAGCAGAAAUGGCCUCCCACGCAGUUGCUACACUUUUGACCGUUACUACCCACCUAGUCGGGUUCUAAAUCAUAUAAUCUAACGAUUUUAUAUAGUUUUAGCCGUAUUGCUAUGAGACACGAUUUUGGUCGUGGGCUCUCGUACUAAGAGGUACGAAGAGAAUUCAUAGCUUGCAAAUUCACGGUUCCGAAUAUUUUCAAUAGAAAAUAAACUCAUUUGAAAAACCUUCAAAACCUUCAUUUUGUCGUAGUUAUUGAAAAUAAACGUUGAAAGAUGGCGGUGGUAUCUGGAUCACGGUGGAAUCAGCGAUUUACGCGCAACAUGUUUUUCAUUUAUUAUUUUCAUUUAGGUGUGUUUGUAAAAGUUUUUGGGCGCAGUUAAUCGAGAGAUUUUUAGAUUAGAUAUAUACGAAAAAUGAGUGCUAACACGACCUUACGAGCGUUUGCGUCGCGAAUGAUUUUUAUAACCUCACUAACAACGGAAACAUUGUCAAAUUAAUGUAAACUUCAUUCGCUUUUUCUCGUUCAUUAUUCUAUACCACAAAUGUGAACAUUUGUUUUCGUUCAACGCCCUUGAAACGGUCAACGAAUCAGGGGAUCGCACGAUUAACAAAGAAAGUUCAAACAUGUCCCUGGGCGCACGUACUUUUCCUGGAAAAAUCGAAUAACAAGUGUGUCCGAGCGUGUGUUUAUCAACGCGACGCAUUGCCAGAGCAUGAGAGGCAUUCACGCCUGACGGAAGAAACGUUUUAAAACGUGUAUACAGGAUUGAGAUUCGACGAAUUGCGGAAGCUCUUCGCAUACUCGUUGCCAAAAAUAAAAGCAGAAUACACGUCUGUAACCUCAAUACACGCGAAUCCGCUUGAGCAAGCACGAAUAAGGGAAACAUUCGAAAAUGCAAUGCAUCACGAGCGCAGGCACCCACUCGAAUCGACACUUGAUAGAUAAAUUUUUCUAUUUUUCCUAGUCAAUGCGGAAUUGGACGCAACGAAAAGAAAGAUCAAAAUGCCGUCGAAAUUUGACUCGAGUUCGUCGAGUACACGGUCGUGCGAAUUUUUGAUAGAUAGAUACUAAUUUAUAUUCAAAGAUCUCGAAAUGAUUCGAAGAAUUAAAAACGUAUUCGUGAAAAACGAAUCACGAGUUUGACUUUGGCUCGAGUGGCCAAAUUUUAAUUCGACUUUAUUAUUGUGUAGUACGACGAGUAAUUAUGAUUGUUAUGUGUACAAGUUGUAAAUACAUUGGUAAUAGAAAUGAUGGAGAAUAGAUGGAAUAAAAUUUGACAACUCAUGCGUGUAUCUAA